GCCAUUUCGUGUCCACUGGUUUCAAGGUGAUACAAACGAGCUGCAGUCGUAAGCGGAUCUUUACCUACUCACGUUAAAACAGCAUUGAAUUUUACUCAUUUUUAGUAUUAAGCUCCUGUUUUUGAAGCCACUUUUUUGAUCAGCGGCAGAUCUACUCAGAUGAAGAACUGGCACUGACAAAGGCAAAACGAGUCCUGACUUCUGCUGCCUUUGCUUGGUUUUGCUUGGCAGCCUGUCCCCCCAUUUUAUGCACCUCUUGGGUUUCUCAAAAACCCAAAUAAAGUAUUAAUAUUCUGAGGUGUGGUACUGUAGGUGUCUCCCCGCAGUCACUGACGCCAUCUCUCAUAGUUCCUCGACGACCCUCUUCUCUCCAUCAGAGUCAGACAGGCAGGCAGACUUCCACCAACCCAAGUACAGACAUGAUGGACUGGUCAUCAUCCUCCACCUCCAGCCUGAUGGCCAGCAGCAACGUGACCAACAAGACUGACCCCCGCUCCAUCAACUCCCGCAUCUUCAUUGGCAACCUCAACACCCUGCUGGUUACUAAGGCCGACGUGGAGGCCAUCUUCUCCAAGUAUGGAAAAAUCGUCGGCUGCUCUGUCCACAAGGGCUACGCCUUCGUCCAGUACUCCAAUGAGAGGAACGCCAGGGCCGCCGUGGCUGGAGAGGACGGUCGCAUGAUCGUGGGACAGGUCUUAGACAUCAACCUGGCAGGCGAGCCGAAGCCUCACAGAUCCAAGACAGUGAAGCGCUCUGCAGGAGACAUGUACAGGUAUUACUACGAUAGGAUGUACUCCUACCAGUCCAGAGUGCCUCCUCCUCUUCCGCCCUUGUCCCACUCUGUUGUCCCCUCAAAGCGUCCCAGGGUCAGUUUAAGCCCAGGAAGGAGCCGGCGAACCAAAACUAGCUUCUCCUUAUCCUCCAAAAGCACCCAAAGGACCUCACGUACAAUGAAAGUAGAUGAUCUGCAGACCAUCAAGAGAGAGCUCACACAGAUCAAACACAAGGUGGACUACCUGCUGGAGAGUUUAGAACGCAUGGAGAAGGACCACAGCAAGAAGUCAGAGACAAAAAGCUCCAAGCCGGAGCCCGGUGAGGUGUCCCCACUACACUCAUCUACCUCCAGCAAGAAGGAGGACAGCCUGAAGCGGGACAGAGAGAGCCAGGAGCUGAACGACUCCGAGGAAGAGGGAGAUCUGCUGGAGGAUGAAGAUGAGAUGAAAAGCAGAGGGAGAGAGGAGGAUGAGGAAGAGGAAGGCGAGCAGGAGGAAGGAGAGGACGAUAGCACUAACGGAGAUGAGCCCUAAACACUGCACAGGCAGACAGAUAUCACCACACCAGACUUGCACACAGCAGUCAUGUGCUCAUAUCUGCUGAAUUGACUGGACAUUUAUAUAAACUGUAUCAUAGAUAUUUCUGUCUCUCACACACAUGUACAAAUUCAUAAACCUGUCAUGUACUUGUUUCUGGAUUUUCUUUUAAUUUGGUAAUUUCACUUUCUAUAUGUUUGUGAUGCUUUAUAUUUGCCUUUUUAUAGAUGUGUUCUGGCAUUGGAUAAAUGCUAAUGGGGAUAUGUUAGAUUUAGACAAAAUGUUACUUCAGUUUGAUGAAUGUAUCCUAUUGUAUUUUUGAACUCAGAGCUAUGAGCCUCGACAGUAUAAAAAACAAAGGGAAAGAAAAAAGCUAAGUCCCUGCUAGUUAUUGGUUUUAUAUGAAUGGGUUGAUUAGUUGCCAAACAUUUUACAAACUACCACCUAGAGGUGGCUGCCAUUGAAACAAAACUGGAAUACAAGGACACCCAUGUGUAACGGUUUGCAUUUAAAGUCAGUUCUGCAACAAAUACCAGAUAUGGUACUACAGCCCAGGUUUACUGUAAACAUGCUGUCAUCUGCUUCCUAACCAGCAGGUGGCAGUGUAUCAUAACAGCCAACCACACAAAAGGCCACAGGAACAUUUGUGUUAUUCACAAACAAACAAAAACAUCACCUUCAGCUUAUCAGAUAAUAACAUGAGCAUGUAUAAAAUCUAAUGUAGGACUGUGCAGAUGCUUCAACAAAAUCCUCCUUGUUCUGAAAAUAUUUUUGUUUGUUGCAGAGGUGUUACAACCUUAGUCGACCUUGACUUAUGUAAUGCAGUGACACUCCAUGGCUGUUUCUGCUGAUGUUCUGUUUGCCAUUUGACUGCACUGGUGAAAGUGAAUAAACACAUUUUCUAAGUUGCACCAUGUAUCAGGUUUUGGCGCAACCCACAUGGAAUGUGUUCAGCUGCGGGUCGUUUGUGUGAUGGGUAUGUGCAGAUUAUAAAAGGUGGAUCUAUGCAGUGAAAUUAUGGGUUGUACAACAGGAUGAGGGUGUGAAUUUAAGCAUGUUGGGUGGGUGUUGGGUGAGCAGAGAAGACAUGUUUAAGCUUGAGGUGUUCUAUUAUCUUGUUAGAAACUCUUGCUAGGUUGAUAUUACCUCACAUACUUUUAGAUCUAUCCAUCCAUGCACGUAGUGUGGCUUUUAAAUUCCCAGGUCUUGAAGUAUUUGUCUUUAAGAUUCUAAGCUUUGGGAGACCUAAACAGGAACUAUGUUACCGCUGAGUCGAGCACCUGUGGGUUACAACUUCAGUCCUGCAUUAGCCUCUGUUUAUUCACAUUGUGACAAACUUGCAUCAUUAAAAGUCAAGUGAAUUAGCUCUUAAUAUUUACUGUUUGCAAUGGACCUGUAAAUGUACUGACAGUUAUCACUGCAUUACUUUGAUACAAGAAAACUUGAAAAUGUGGUGCUUCUCAGGCAAAUUCCAGAAUGAGAUGCUUUGAAUGGUAAGUCACACUGAAUCUAAAAAGGUCUCAUGUCUGUGUCCAGAUUUGAAAUGUCUAAUUUAGCAAUUAGGCACUUCAGCUUUUAAAAUACAUUUUAAGCGCUUUAUACCUCCUGACAGUACCUUCGCCUCAUGUCUCUCCCUCCAUGGUCCCGUUCAACUCUCCUCACAGUUUGAAGUGCUCUGU